CUCAAUUAUUCAGUCUCAAGAAUGUCCAAACUUUCCCCUAGCAAAUGAUCAGCAAUCCUCUUUGGCUCUUGCACUAUAAAUACAACUGCUAAGGUCCUUCAGCUCUCUCACCUCAGCAUUUGGUCUUUAGGACUCUCUUCACUCUGCCUUAGUAGAAUUCAACGUAAUGUGGCCCAUGAGCACAAGUCCUAUGGACUUUCUCAAGCUCCUCUGCUUUCUCACAUUUGUUUCUCUAGGAGUCGUUGCAACACAUGCAGAUCUUGAUGGUUAUUGGAAAUCCAAGCUUCCAAACACUCCUAUGCCCAAAGCUGUUAGAGAACUCGUACACAAUGGGAAAACCUCUGGAAGUGGCAGUUUCAGCAAAUUACCAGAUUCAAAAUUUCAAAUAUAUAAUGCCAGAGCUCAAGUGAACGGCCAUGGUAGCAGCUUCAGCAAACUACCAGAUUCAAGGUUUCAAAUAUAUAGUAGAAAAUCACAAGUGAACGGCCAUGGUUUCAGCUUCAGCACUCUACCAGAUUCAAGGUUUCAAAUAUAUAGUAGAAAAUCACAAGUGAACGGCCAUGGUUUCAGCUUCAGCACUCUACCAGAUUCAAGGUUUCAAAUAUAUAAUAGAAAAUCACAAGUGAACGGCCAUGGUUUCAGCUUCAGCAAAUUACCAGAUUCAAAAUUUCAAAUAUAUAAUAGAAAAUCUCAAUUGAACAGCCAUGGUAUCAGUUUCAGCAAACUACCAGACUCAAAAUUUCAAAUAUAUAACAGGAAAUCUCAGGUGAAUAGCCAUGGUACAAAUCCAACUAAAGAUCAACUCUACAAUGACAAAAACAUUACAAUUUUCUUCCUUGGAAAGGAUUUGCACCGCGGCUCAAGCAUGAAUCUGGAGUUUGUUGAGUCGCUAAAGAUUACUACACUAUUCCUGCCAAGACAAGUUGCUGAUUCCGUUCCCUUUUCCUCCAAAUCUGUUCCUGAGAUUUUGAACAAAUUCUCACUGAAGCCACAAUCAGAAGAAGCCGAAACUAUUAAGAAAACAAUUGCAGAGUGCGAGAUGCCUGGAACAAAAGGGGAAGACAAGUACUGUGCGACUUCACUCGAGUCAAUGAUUGAUUUCACUACUUCCAAGCUGGGGAAAGAUGUUCGAGCAGUUUCAACUGAAGCAGAAAAAAUAGAUACCAAAAUCCGAAAAUAUACUAUUAAGGAUGUUGCCAAGUUGAACACGGCUGCUAAAGUCGUUUCUUGCCAUAAGGAAAAGUAUCCAUACGCAGUAUUUUACUGCCACACAUCGCAGAGUAAUGCAUAUAUGACUAAUUUGGUUGCUGCUGAAGAUGAAGCUAAAGCUAAAGCUGUGGCUGUUUGCCACAAGGAUACAUCACAAUGGGACCCAGAGCAUUUGGCCUUUCAGUUGCUAAAGGUGAAGCCAGGAACUGCUCCAAUCUGCCAUUUCCUUCCUGAGGAUCACAUCAUUUGGGUUCCAAAGUAAAAAAUAUUCUGCAACAAUAUUGCCGGCAUCCCCUGUCCGGGAGUGUAUCAAUAUUUGUCAAUUUAACAUGGCAUUUAUGUUUGCUGCAGUGUGGGAGUUCCAAUCACAUGCUCCUUUUUUUUUUUUUUUUGGUUGUUUCAGUCGCAUGUUCUUCCCAUGAUUAAAUGAAACCUUGUUUAGUUUCGACUCUAAUGGUUGUACUAUGUCGAUGUAAUAUCACCCAGAUGGAAUGGUGUCUGGGUAAGUAUUAUUAAUGGUUCAAUUAUCUGUGGGCUGUUUUUCCA